AUGACGUCACAAUGUCAUGUGACGUCACAACAAUUACGCAAGUGUACGGCCAAGAAAACGGUAACAGUCGAGACAUCUAGCAUCAAGCCACCAUCAAAAGACGGCGUCACAAAGAGCAACCCUAGCAAGAGACAUAGGGAGCGCCUCAACGCGGAGCUGGACACUCUGGCGUCACUCCUACCCUUCGAGCAGAACAUCCUUAGCAAGCUGGACAGGCUGUCCAUCUUGCGGCUGUCUGUCAGCUACCUGCGGACCAAGAGUUACUUCCAAGAUAAUAAAGUCACUUUUGAAUUGAAAAAUAAACUGUAUGAUAAAUUUAUUUAUGACUGGGCUAGAGACAACACAUGA